AUGGAAAGAAGAAAAGAGAAGAGGGCUUCCAACAAACUGCAACAGACAUUUCAGCAUUCUAAAGAGCCCACCUUCCUUAUCAACCAAGCCAUCCUUUCGAGUGACUCUCAAUCUAGUACUCUACCAGAAUCAGAAGGUGUCAAUCUUUCUGAACACGUAAAGACAAACUCUCAAAGAAAUAGACCUGGAACUGUGAUAUUGUCAAGACGGUCAAGUACAAGAAUUAUGUCAGAAAGUCAGUUUAGUCCUCCUGUAAUCCCAUCCCGCAGGCCUGGAUUCAGGGUAUGCUAUAUCUGUGGUCGUGAGUUUGGAUCUCAGUCAAUCUCCAUUCAUGAACCUCAGUGCUUGGAGAAGUGGCGGAUUGAAAACAGCAAGUUGCCCAAGCACCUGAGAAGACCAGAGCCCUCCAAGCCACAGCCUCUCAGUGGCAGUGGAUUCUACAGCCUUCAGGAAGCUAAUGAGACUGCAUUCCAGAGCGCCCAGGCUCAGCUGCUGCCCUGCGAACACUGUGGUCGCACGUUCUUGCCAGACCGUCUUCUAGUUCACCAAAGAAGCUGCAAACCAAAGGAUGAGGGUCCUAAAACACUAAAGCCCAACAGCUCUCAUGAUUAUACUAGCCUCAGGAAAGCACCCAGUGGAAUUCCAGCCAGACCAAGGACUCUCCUCUGCUACAUUUGUGGCCGGGAAUUUGGCACUCUCUCCCUUCCUAUUCAUGAGCCCAAAUGCCUGGAAAAAUGGAAAAUAGAAAACGACCGGCUCCCCAGAGAGCUCCGCAGGCCUCUCCCACAGAAGCCCCAGCCUCUUUCAUCUGGACAGUCUAGUCAGGAGGGACCAAGUCAAGUUCAGCUUGUGCCAUGUCCAAAUUGUGGCAGGACCUUUGCCCCAGACCGCCUUAUGGUGCACCAGAGAAGUUGUAAAGCACCAUUGAAAGGACAGAAUCUUACUUUAGGAAGUAAAGGUGGCCCAAAUGAGGCCACUAAUUCCAAGCAGCAAAAGAACAUGGCCACACCCACUGUGUCUGAUAAGCCAGCAAUAGUAAGACGUCCACCAACAGUUGUUUGUUAUAUCUGUGGUCGUGAAUAUGGAACAAAAUCGAUAAGCAUCCAUGAGCCACAAUGUCUGAAAAAAUGGCAUAAUGAAAACAAUUUGUUACCAAAGGAGCUAAGGAGGCCUGUACCCAAAAAGCCAGAAGUCAAGGCCAUUACCGCCAAAGGUUUCUAUGAUCUUGACGCUUUGAAUGAAGCUGCUUGGACAAGUGCCCAGAGCCAGUUGGUUCCUUGUAAUAUUUGUGGGCGUACCUUCCUGCCAGACAGACUGAUUGUUCACCAACGAUCUUGUAAACCCAAAGUGGCCAAGUAAAGCUCUCUCU